CAAAUCGCAUAUCAUGUUAAAUUAACCUUACCUUCCUUUAUAGUUGAAUGUUGUGAAUCACAUUAUAAUAUAAUUGAUUAAUGCAUAAUAAAUCAUCAUUGUGAUCCCAAAGUAGGCACAGGAGCUCAUCAUUAUAUGCAUGCUUAUGUGAACAUCAACAUCAAUCAAUCUAAUCUAAAGACAGGAUUUGAAUUUUUGUUGAAUUCUUUGUGUUAAUUAGAAGCUAAAGAUAAGCUUUGAAAGCUACUUCCACUCAAAACCCACUUUUUUGGGUUGUAGGCUUGUAGCUUAACUUGUAUAUAUAUUCUCCUAAUUGUUAUAGAACCACAAUAGUAUAGAGAUAUUUUUAGCUAUUUGCCAUGUUAGGUCAUUUGGAUUCAUAUGUUGAAGUCACAUAAUCGUAAUUUCAUAUAUUCAACCGUUAUUACGGAAUAACAAUAAUCCUAAACCCCUUUUCACGAAUCUCUCAUUUCUUCAUGUCUCAUGUCUUUCGAAUCUGUAAUUCUAUCAAUAAACUCUUCGUUCUUCCCUUGUUGCAUAUUACAAGUUUGAGAACCAUUUUGUUAUUUUGCUCUUUCUCCUAAUUACUACGUUAGGCUCUAUAGAUCUUGUAUAGCUUAAGAGCUUCGCCCAACGCAGAAAAUAUCAUAAUAUAUAAUACAAUCUCAAGAGCUCUGUCACUUCAUGUACUAGUCUCGUUCAUCUUGAACAGAGAAAUUCGUAUGCUCGUUUUCUUCAUCCCAACUCGAUCCAAUCUCUUUCUGUAACAAAUUGUGUGACAGUUGGACAAGUGAUGUGUACAGAAAGACACAAGUAUAAAUAGGAGAGACGUUUUACGAUUGGGCAUCUUUUGACAAAUCAACCAGUUGUAACUACUUUACCAAUUCUAUACCAAAUAGCUCAAUAAAACUCGUCUUUCCUUUCCCUGUAUCUUCUUGUUCUUCUUCCUUAAUCCAAUCCAUUUCGCCAGAUUCUCCCCAUCACGAUCCUUACACUUUCUCUCCUCCUUCAUGUUAGUAAACGAUAUAUGAUUCACAAUUGAACUUCACCCAACAACUCGAGUUAUUGGGAUCAACAUGCUCUUGACAUGGUACCAGAGCCCGAUUUGACCAAAAUGUCUUAUGUUCGAAUCCUGAUUACUCACAUAUGUUCUAAUAAGCACACGAUUGUUCGAACCUGGGUGUGUUAGUCAAUAAUAUAUUAUUCACAAUUGAAUAUCUCCCAGCAACUCGAAUACACAGUUAUUCCUCUAACACUAAACCCUACACAAAACUGGCUAGAACACGAUAAAAAAACAAAAGUAGAUUGUGUUUAUUACUCUGUAAAGUUCUGAGUGAAUUAGCUGUGGGAUUCUUUUUGGCAUAUCUAGCUAGCUAGGUUAAUUAAUAUCUCUCCUUGCGUGCAUUAUGGGGCAAUUCAGGCGGCAACGAUCGACGGUGGAGAUAUACCCUGGGAUCGUUUUCCUCGAUCUUUAAACUAGUUUGCUCUCGUUUAGUCGUCGUCAUAGAAAGAAUUCAAUAACAUAUCCCAUCGACGAUCUUCUUUCUUUAAUCAAUGUACGAUCGCCGUUAGUUCUUUGGAGCUUCAACGUUUCAACAGUUGCCUUGAGGGCCACCAAAUACCCAGCUAAUGCUAAGCUAAUAUUCUCUCUAAUAAAGGCCAAAUCCAUGCGUACGUUCGAAGGUGACACUCAUUGAUUUUUUUAUACUGUGAUUAAGUCAAUGGAUAACAGCAAUAACGAUUACGAUUUGUAACUAUCGUCCUUUGAACAGCCCGAAACUCAAAAGAGGUUAACUGUAAUAGUGAAGAUUAUAGGGUUAGUUUGAAUGAUGGGUUUUUUACUGUGUAUAAGUCAAUGAAAAAUGGCAUAACCCUAACGAUUUGUACCUAUCAUCCUUUGAACGGGUCAAAACUCAAAAGAGCUUAACCGUAAUAGUGAAGAUUAUAGGGUUAGUUUGAAUGAUUGAUUUUUACUGUGUUUAAGUCGAUGGAUAACGGCAUAACGCUAACGUUUGUACCUAUCAUCCUCUGAACGGGUCAAAACUCAAAAGAGCUUAACUGGAAUAGUGAAGAUUUUAGGGUUAUAAGUUUGAAUGAUGGAUUUGUGAAAUGAGGUAAUUUGACCCAAUUUGUCUAAAAAAUUGUCUCAUUUCAUAGUUGAUGCAAUAUUUCAAAAUACUUACUCCAUUCUCAAUUCAAAGUUUCGAAUUGAUGUAAAACAAGACAAUUCAAAUUGUCUCAGCCUAAUUGUUGUUGCAUCCAUAUUUUGUGUUGCCAAAUAAGACGAUUUGAGCCCAUUACCAAAUUGUCGGUGACUAAAGCUGAAACAAUUCGUAAAGUUACUGACGAACAAGAAAGAAAAGUAAUUUGGGUGGCAAACGUGAAAGAUUUAUAUAAUAAAUUUGAUUGAUCAAACGUAUAAUUUAGCCCACAUAUUUGAAUAAAAAAUAGCUCAAAUCCGUGGACCCACAGAUUAGACAUCCAUCAAAUAAACAAGAAAAACUUGAAAUUUCUAAACAAAUUCAUAAUGUUUGAGAUUUGAGAUUUGAAACACAAAUUUAUAACUCAAAUCCAAUAAGCAAACAAGUUCUAUGCCCCUCAUUUGGCAUUAUGAGUCCAUGAUGGACUUCUAGAUAUACUGCAAGAAGAAUGUAUAGUAGGAGUGAGGGCUAAGUUGGUACCUUUGGACCCAACCAACACAUUGAAAAAAGUUGGAUACACCUAGCUGCGUCUUUACAAUUACAGGCCAUUGAAAAUGGACCCGAGGUUCUAGCUAGCUGGGUUAUCCAUGCUAUGGACCUUGGACUUUGAAAUUAGGGAAUUAUGAUGACAAAAAUACCCUCACUCAUCUGAUCAAAUUGGAUAGAGUAAAAUUUAAAUCUAAAUUAUCUUUAGCAAGCAUAGGUAAAAUUAGAAUCCAUAUAUAUUGCGGAUAAUGAACGGAGAAUUUUGUAUAUAAUAUUUUUCCUCAACAUAUUCAAUAUUUAAUGUAAACACAUACAUGUUCUUCCACAACCAAUCCCCAACCAAGCGGGAAUGAUGAAAAAUGGAAGUGGAUCUGGAGCCUUCACCUCCCCCCGAAACUGAAAUUCUUUAUUUGGAGGUGCUCUAGGAAUGGGUUAGCAACGAAAGAGAGACUUCUUCAGCGGAAAUGUGCUCCUAAUUCGACCUGUCAAGUGUGCCAAAACCCCAUUGAGUCCAUCAGUCAUUGCCUGUUCCAUUGCCCUCAUGCCAAUGUUGCAUGGAAUGCUCUUUUCCCUUCCCUCCUGCUACCUCCUCAUGGAACCCUUUUCCUUGAUUGGUCUAUUCUCUCAAAGAUGUUGUUCAUCAUAGCUCCUUGAUCCAUGUUGUGUUCCUUUGUUGGAAUACUUGGAAGGCUAGGAACGAAUGCUCCUUCAAGAACAGAUUACCAUGGCCUCCGAACGUGUGCCAACAAACCUAUAAAGAGCUUACUGAAUGGAGUUCCUGUCCGAGGUCCCCACCUCCCAUGCCUUCCCUUCCCUCUCAGCUUAGGGGAACCCAGUCUCAUACGAAUCCACCGCCAAGUAAUCAUUCUUUGGUGAUUCACUAUGAUGGGUCGUUCAUUAACGACUCCCAGCCAUCGGCAUAUGGUGUUGUGGUUGUUAUACACCAUGGACAAGUGUGUGAUGGGCGAGUUGAGAAUCUUCUUUGUUCCACCCCGAUUGAAGCAGAAACUAAGGCCCUUCUGGAAGGAGUGAAAUUAGCUCAAGAAUAUGGGUCCGAAUGUACAGUCCAAUAAGAUUGUCAGGUUCUGGUUAUAGCGUUGAAUCAUGAUCAAUCUCGAUGGCCAUGGAGGUGUGCAGCAUGGAUCAGUUCGAUUGUCUCUAUCCUUAGAACAAACCCUCUCAUUCGAAUCAAGGAAGUGCCCAGGGCAAUCAACGUCAGAGCUGACUGGGUCGUACGAUCAAAAGCGAGAGCAUCGUUACCAGAUGAUUGGAUCAAUAUUCUUGACCUCAUUUCUAAUCUUCUAUAGAAUUGUAACCGGAUUUCCUGUUUCUUUCAAUUAGUGGAAUAAAAGUUGGUUAUUACUGAAAAAAAACCCCAAAUUGUUCCAAAAACCAAAGGGACUAAAAUGAGACAACUGUGAUUUUCUUUUUUAUACAACAAAAAAAAAGAAGAGGCUAUGAAUUAAUUACUGUUAUGUUUGUUAUUUCCCCUUUGCAAAGAAAGUCUACUUGUGAUCUUUCACUCUCAAGUCCCAACCAAAAAUCCCUAUACAUAGAUCUUCCAAAAUCCAUGAAAUGUUGACAGCCCCAGUACUCUCAUAAGUGGGUAAUUCUCAAAUCACCCAUUGGGUUUCACAGACUUGAUUGGAUUGGUGUUGACAAAAGGGAGAAAGGAAAUAGAACGAAAUGGGUUACCCGUUUACAUGUAUCUUCAUCAGUUGCCGUCAUUUUCAAUCCAAGUCAAUUUUCUCAAAGAAAGCAUCGGCCCUCCACCAUGGGGAUAAGUUUGGAGGAUUCUGAAAAGAGGAAAGAAAAGAGAUUAUUUUAUGCUCUUGAAAUUAUUACACCUAAUAUGAUGAUAGUGAUGCUAGACAGGGAACGACUACUGUGCUAAUUGUACAAUAGUUAGCACCGUCCUAACCAAGGGAAAAACUACUACUAGUUUGAAUUAGUAGUGAUUUAGUUUGGAUGUUGUAUUGAUUUUAUAAUAAUCCGUAGUGAUUUCGUUAUUUUUAGUAGCGAUUUUUUCUCGUUAUUUUAUAAGGGUUAGCACCUAAUCCCAUCCCUGCUAGACAUGGACCCUCCAUUAAUAGGAAAAAAUGGAUUUUUUUGUCUUUAAGUACACUAGUUUUUAAAAUAAUAUAUAUAUAUAUAUAUAGUGGCGUCUUCAGUGCACUAACUUUUUUGGGUGCAUUCAGUGCACUCGCUUCAUAACAGUCAUUUUAAACAUGCGAUUUAUGUCAAAAUGAUGCCAAUCAUUACUUGUGAUGUGAUGAACAAUAACGCACAUGAAUUUGCACAAAAAUCAUUAAAGAUUUACUUUAAUUUAAAGGAUUCAGAGUUUAAAGAUUUAGUGUUAGUGUUAGGGUUUACAAUUUGGGGUUUAGGGAUAGAACUCAAAAUUGGAGGUCUAGGACUUAAGGUAAUCCGUUAAUUAGUUGUUAUCAUAUGUUAUAUCAUCAUAUUAUACUAAUUCUACAAAUUAAUAUUCAAAAUCCGACACCUUAAGACUAGUUUUUGUGCUGGGUGUAUUGAACGCACUCAUUUUUGUGAGUGCACCGAAGUAGUCACCAUAUAUAUAUAUAUAUAUAUAACACCGUUUUUAUAAAAAAAAUUAAGGGUAAUGUUUAUUUUUUAUACAAAUCCUUUUCAGAUUCUUUUGUACUAUCCAAAUUUAUUAAAAUGCUAUUAAUUAGCCAAAUCUUUCAUUGUCGUUAGUAAUUUUGUAACAUUUUUCUUAGUUAAAAUACUAAAAUUUGAAAUGUUGACCUUCAUGUGUCUCUUUCAAGUCAGUAUCAUAUUGCCAAAUCCAUAUUACUAACAAAAUUGCUAACUGACAAUUAACAUUUGGUUAAUUCUUAGUAUUUCGAUAGGUUUGGAUACUAUAAAAGAAUCUGAAAAAUGUUUGGAUAAAAAAUAGACAUUACCCAAAACUUAAACUACACAUGUUCGCACAAAAUGGCUUUAAGCAAAAAUGAUAUAUACAUUCACCGUUGACGAGAAAAGCGAUUUAGAUUCGAUUGUCUUUGGGAACCACGAUCGACGUGAUUCGCUGGAGUGGCAAGGGAUCGACAGUCUGAUCACGUCACGAGGACACAAUCCACGUUAAUCGCUUCCAUGCGACACUAUCGGUUGGAAGGCAGUAACUGGGAUUGCUGAAGUGGAACACAAAGAAGUGUUGGGGAAGGACAGAUCGCUUUCGUAUCAUGCGAUUAGCCAUUGAUAGCUUUCGAUGGUCACGAUUGUACCGUUCCACCCACCCAAGGCGACCCUAUGCCCUAUAAAUACCCACUCUCUCCCCUCAUUCAUUCACACAACCACAACUUUCUUCCUCACUCUCUUUCACUACUUAAAGAAUUCUUAGUAUGCUUUGUGAUUGCGGCUAAACCCUACAUGCCACACCAAAAAAGUUUCCUUGAGUUGUGAUACAACCCAGUCACUCUAAAAACCUGGUCGAACCUCUGUCUGACUUCCGCCAAAAAUGGCCGAAGAGGCUCUUAGGGUACCUACUUUUUUUUCAUUCUUUGAUUUAUUUGAUCUCUAAAUUUGUCUAUAUUUGAUAUUUUUGCAAUCUAUCAGCUUGAAUCAUUGGUGGGAUGCUAUAAGACCAAUAAUAUCUUUGUAGUUUAACCAUGAUUGAAUCACCGUUUAUUUUUGGAAUAUUGGUAAUUUUUCCCUAAAUACUCCAAAUCAAGGAAUUCCUAGUAUGCUCCAUAGUUGCGGUUAAGCCCGACCUUGUAAACCUUUUUUUUUUGUAUCUGAACCUUUUGUAUUUUCACGAUUUACGAUCAUAGGUUGUAUAUCCAACCUGACCUAAGGGAUGCGAAGUAUUUAAUCGUGAAAAUAAAGCAUCGUCCCAUGUGAUUUGGAAACAACCUGGUAGGCACACCCGACGAUCGAAAUUAUGUCUAUUGCAGGGUUAUAAGAACUAUUAUAUUUGGGAAUUUAUCCAAGAAAACAAUCGAAUAAAAUGGACUUGUUUGAGAAUCAUGUGACUAAUCUUAUUUACAAAUGAAAUUCUAAUUAUUUAAAAUAUGAUAUAUGACAUGACCAUUCCACCGAAUAGGAAGCUUUUUUUUUACUUCUGUGAGAUGAGGUAACCUUUCGUAAGUAAUUACUGUUUUUUCGCAAUAAAAGUCAAUUGUAACCAGAAUUUUGUUCUAACGUUCAUCAUCUUCUUCAUCCUACCGUUAAUUCCGUAAUGGUAGCAAAUAACACUCUAACAAGAGUGGUUAAUCACGCCUUCAAUUUUGACUCUUUCCGCAUAAUUUUUUUUGACAAUCGCGCGAGGUCGCAUACUCAUGAACUUUGAUACAGCGGACGUGUACAAAUUCCAAUCUAAUGAGUAUACCUUAGAACAUACUAAAAGAGUAAUUGAGAUCCAUUCAUCAAUGUCUCCCACAAAUCAAUAUUAUCUUCUGCAUCGCACCAUGCAUCACCUAUUCUUCAUGGAAUUCAAUUCAUGGUGGAAUUUCUUCAAACUAGCAACUGUAGUGUUUUUAAUUUAUUGAAAGUUAGGCCAUAUAGUGUAGCUACGCACGCUCCCUGUGCCUAUAUAUAUUGAGCUAGCUAAGCCUAAGAUUCAUAGAGAUGGGUAAUCUUGUCGGGAAAGGUCCCUUGGCCGGACGGACCUAAUUAUAUCCCUAUCCACGAAUAAACAAACAAACAAACACUGCACAAUUUUUUGGCACUCGGUAUCGUCAUCUACAAGGUGUAUACCAAGGUUGUCAAACCGGUUUAUGCCAGUAUGCCGGUUUAGCAAGUGGAAUGGUUCAACCGGUGGCACAUACCGGUUUGUGCCGGUUCAUGCCGGUCAAUAUUACAAAUAAAAUUAUAAAUACUCAUAUUUAAACAUGACAUUUAACGUCAAUACCUAAACAUUUAUAUUUGAAUCCAACAAAUAACAUCAAUAUUUAACUUUUAUACUCAUAAAAUAAAUAAUAAAAUAUUUUUUAUCAAUUAAAUUCUCUAAAAUAAGAUCAUUUUACUUAGAGAUUCGUAUAUCGAUCAUGCCGGUCAUACCGGUGGUGUCACGCCGGUUUUAUGACCGGUACCGGUUGAACCCGGUACAACCGGUGGCACGCCGGCCGGCAUGACAACCAUGGUGUAUACGAUUCAGCGCCGGAUCCAGAACCUAGAAGAGGAUUGGGCCGCAUUUCAUUAGAAAAUUAGAACAGUAAAAAAAAUAUAAUGAUUAUAGUUUUUUGCCAUGUAAAUUGUACACAACUGUAUUUUAAUUUAGGAAAUGCAUCAAUAAUGAAUUCUACAUCCAUACCAUAGUAUACACUGUUUCAAAUAAAAUACUUGAGCAAUCGGCGAGAAAUUCAUUGCUCAUUUUGUUGAGCAAAUCAGUUCUCACAUGUUUCAUUGUUAAAAAGGUUCUCUUCAUAGUAGCUGUUGAAACGAGCAGCAUCAGCACUAGAUAAAUCAAUCGACUUUAUCAAUUUACAUUGUGUGUCUAUCCCUGCACACCAGCUGCUUUAGUAAAUUUGUAAGUGAACAAACCUCAUAUUUCUUUUAGUCUUUUACAUUUUUAACUUUUUAGAAUUUUAGGUUUCAUUGUUUUUUUUAAGACGCAUAAUCUUUGGGGCUAAAAUUUCUAGGCUAAAUUUAGAAUAGUGAUUUGAAUAUGUUCAACUUGAUAAUUUUUCUAGUUAAAUCCAAUCUUAUCAUAGAAUAACACUGGAUUGAAUGUCUAAAAUCAAAAAUUUCAUAAGAACUAUAGUAACUACGGAUUCAGAGGAGGGCUAGACCGGGACCUGUGGUGGCAACCCCUGGAUCCGCCAGUGAUGCGAUUUUGGUAUUAAACUACUUCUUGUUACCGCAAUUGCCACUGCAUAUGUAAUUCCAUUAUCGUUCGUUAACAAAAAUCAAUCGAGGUUAACUAUAUCCGACAUUAAUAACAAAAUGUGGAUUUCAAAUUUCUCGUAUUUUGUGUAAAAUGGUAAAACGUGCGAAAUCAAAUGGCCGCACAUCUUCAAUGCUCAUGUUGUGUCCACAAAUCCUCAAAAUUUUCAAUUCUCUCGUCCAAAAUCACCCAUGAAUGGUAGUAGUGAUGAAGUAUAAUAAUACCAAUUAUUAUUUGUCUUUCAAUCAGCAUCGAUAUUUAGCUUCUCUAUCUCUCUGCAAGAAUACCAAUUAUAUCAACUGCAUGUGCACGCAUGAGUACCUCUAAUCCCUAAACAUACGCUAUUAUUGCUGCUUUCCACGUAGAUACAUCCAGCUGGCUAGAUUUGGAAGGUACAGUUUGACAACGGCACGAUUAUGGAAGACAUAUAAACCCUAUAAUUAAUUACAUAUUAUUGUACAACUAAUCAAAUACUAUUUUCAACAGAGAUUCCGAAGAUACAUAUAUAGCACUCGACGACUUGGGGGCUCGUGAAUAUGGCAGGUGAGAGUUAGAUGGAACGGGAUGGUAAGUAAUGUUAGUAUAUGGUGUACAAGAUCUAUUUAUCGAAUAUUUAUUCAGUAAGUCGAGUCAUUAAGAUUAAUUGGAUUUAGUUUUUUAUUUGAUAUCAUAGUUUUUUUUUGUCACCGAAAGGUCUUAUGUGAAUCUCGGUGGCCCCACUCAUCGGUGUAGCCAGAAAAUCGUUAAUAUGGAUUUGUCAUCGUACAUGAAUGGUAAGAAUAAUUAACGUGUAAUUUUCAUCAAAUUUAGGAUUUAAAAUACAAAAAUUUACCAAAUAAUAUCACACAUAUUUGUUCUCCAAUCAAAUUCUAAAGUAGGUUCAACAAUGGAAAAAUGUUCAUGAGAGUUUAUCUGAAAUUGACGAGUCAGGGUGCGAAAUGAACAAUUAUCUAACUAAAUAACUCAUACAACUUUCAAGUGCGGUCCAUAGAACCCCCCCCCCCCCCCCCCCCCCCCCCCAAAAAAAAAACUUCUAAUGUGGCUCACGGCCACCGCCUCCACAGAUAUGCAUAUGAUGUCUGAUACCUGUGUAAACUUCAAUCCUAUAUAUGAGUAAUUUUCGUUUAAGGGGUUUGUUGGUACGUGGCAUAAAAUUUAAUAUUGAAUCUCUCACAACAACCCGAAUGUUGAGACCAACUAGUUCUUAACUCUACUACUUCGCAUGCGAUCCGUUAUUAACUGGCCGGUAUGUUUAAUAAUACCAACUAGAAAAUUGGCCCGCGCUUUGCUGCGGGUUCUCAAAAAUAAAUUGACUAAUUAACAGUGGAAAGUAAUAAUUUUAAAUCAAGGUGAAUGUCUUUUGUGGUCGAAAAGGAAUCAUAUAUUAACUUGAAAUGGAUGCGAAUAGGACCAUAGUCAACUUUUUAAUCUCUUUAGUCUUCAUGGACUCGUAUAUGAUUUCAGAGUAAGUAGUUGGAUUUACAAUUAUAUUGAAUUGAUUAAUUGAAUGUAUGAUAAUUGAGUGUGAUAUUCUCUAAUCUUGUGAAGAGGCAAGAAAAUAAUUUUGCGAUGAAGAAUAAAAGAAUUUUUACAACAUGUGCGAUGAAUAUUUUCAUCUUACACAAUAAAAUUGUUAUCAGACCACAAUAAUGGUUCAACCCUUGAGAUUUAAAAUAGAGUAUAUUUUGAAAUAGGGCUAUAUUCAAAUUGAAUAGCUCACAGUUUCACAUAUAGUUUCCUAUGCAUUAUAGUACACUGAAAAAUAAUGACCUCUUCCACCAAAAUGAAGAAUAUUUGAUUAUGACUAUGUAUGGGAAUACAUGACCCAUCCGCAUCAAACAUUGUAACAUCAUACAUUGUAUUCACUUUGUGAAUUUUAUGUUAUGCAUGCUUUCUUACUAACAUCCAAAAAUACCAAACAUAACUUAACAAAAUAAUUGAAAUGAGUGGAUCUAUAAGAAUGUGUUAGGUAUAUGAUGGAUUCUAACAAAUCAAAUGAUAAAACCUCAAAAUUUAAUGAAAAUAAAAACUUAAACAACAAAAAGAUCAAGCAAGAGAAUAAUUUUAUAACAUGAUUCUCGAUGAUCAAGUGAAGGAGAUCAUGAGGCCAAUAGAGGUGAACAGGUGUCAUGUUUUCACUUUAAACAUAAACAUGUAGGUUAGAUGAACGAUUGGUGAGGAUCGGCGGCUAGGCCAAGAGUUAUUCGCAGGGGAUUUACGGUGAACUCUCCAAUUAGAAGCUGGGAGGAGUAGCGACUAUAGAAAAUUCGGCGAGAGGAUCCAGCUUGGCCAAUCGCCAGUGAAUCGUCGGAGGGAAGAAGGGGGAAGAAACAGGAUUGCUACGCAUGGUGACCCGCCAACUUGGCCAAUCGCUAGAAAAUCGUCGCGGGGAAGAUAGUGGGAACUGAAGGGGCGGUUUAAGGGAAUAAACGGGUCCACAAAGCUUACUGUGAACUCGCAAGUAGGAUAGUAAACCCCUUAAGUCUACUCGCCAAUUAAUGAUACUAAUUCUAGACUUCGGGGAUGCUUUGGUGAUUAGUGUGCAUGAACUUAUAUAUUAUGUGCAUGUUUAGUGUUUACUAAAAGAAGAAAAAUCACAUGGAUAGUUUUCUUUGGUUUAAAACAGUGUUAUUAAAGCCGAGCCGAGCCGCUCGGUCCGGGGUAAAACCGUCACCCGGUCACAAAACUGGCUCGGAACAGUCUAAAAGCCGCUCCAUUUUUAUGUAGCGGUUGGCGAGCGGCCGAGGCGGUUAACCGUUCGAGCCGAUCGAGCCGCUCGUCCGGUUUUUGCCAUUCAGCCACUAAAUUUAAUUAAAAAAAUUGUAGAAAAUUGAAAUAAACCAAAAAUGUCGGGCUCUCAAAUUGAAUCCUUAUUUCCAUUUCACAAUUUCGAAAGAAAGAGAUGAGCUCUGAUUAAGAAAUGUCCACUAUUUAUACUGAUAACAUUUAUUAGAUACUGGUUCUCUAACGGUUUUUAAACAGUCUAAUGCCGGUUGGACCGGUAAAGUGCAAACCGUUCGCAUUACCGGGUCAUGCUCCGGUUCGGUUCUGACAACAUUGGUUUAAAGUUAAGAGAUUGUCUAAACACUAAAACAAUCAACGUUCUUGGAAUAUGUCUUGAUAUCCACACCAUCAAUGCAAUGCAUGCAUGAGACGAUCUUUUGUUACAAGACACUCUUGGAAUCCUUAAAAAUGCCUCCUCAUGUCAUGUGUAGUUCUACGAAACAUUAUCUUUAAGAGGAACCUAAAGUUGUAUGGCAACUUAGCUACAAGAAUCGCAUUUUAACCUUAUAAAUAAACAACGGAGAAGUCGAGAUAAAGAUGACGGUGCUGGACGGACGGACGGACGGACGGUGGCAGAGUUGUCUUCUCUCUUCCUUCCACUUGGCGGAACCACAGAGAUAGAGAGCUCUGUGACUGUUGAGGAGGAGGACUCUGCACCUGGUCCUCUCUGGUAGAGAGUCGACGGAGGAUAACGACAAAAUAGGGGACACGUAAUCCCCGUCUGAUAAUACGGUCAAAAAAAAAAAGACGGGGCCAGGCCACGACGACUGACAAGGAAAGGGAAGGAGAAGGACACACGGUUUGGCGAUCGUCCGUACAGCCGUCCCACUCUCCCUCGGCGACAACCGUUGAGCAGCCCGGAGAAAGAAAGAAAGAGGACCAAAAAAAAAAAAUUAAAAAAAAAUACAGAGUGUCUGAUGGAACUGUUUUGCUCAGAACUAGUACACCAACUUUAUUGAAUUGACAGUAACAAUACCAUAAGUGGGAAAUGAGACUCCAAAUCAGUACUCUCUUGUGGCCUUUUGGUUGAUCAAUCUAAUUUCACAGCUUAGCGCCAAUUUGGUCCUUCUGUCCUUCAUAAUUUGGCUCCAUCUAUGUACGUACCAAGUUAUAGGGUUUGUACAUUUUGUUGUUAUUAUUGCUCUUAGAAAAGGGGGGUAGCAUUGCUAUUAUAAGACGGGGAAAGGGACAGGUGUAGGCAUAUGUAACUCAAGAGUGAAAGAGUUGAUAAAUAUUGUUUAGCUCUUAACUCUAUAGCCAUUGAAGAUUGGACCAUGCAUGCCCACAUUACUCUUGAUUAUGUGCACUUGUAUUAUAGAGCUCCAACAAUUACGAGUUUGAAAUUGAUAUGCAUCGGGAGCAAUCCAGUUAUUGUGCACGCAGUACAAUAUGCGAGAACGUGCAUACAGAGGUUGGGAGUUGUUGGAAUAGACGUUGAGUGCCUUGUUGUUGUUGGAUGAAUGCGGUGACAAUUUUGUGCUACAUACAUCCGUCCAACGACCACAUGACAAUUGAGUGUCUUGUUGUUGUUGUUGAUGAAUAAUCUCUCUUAUCUUUAGUCUCUUCCAAGAACCCUAAUUCUCAAUUCUAAAACACCAAACUCUGCCAAUUCUUGUCUUCGUGAAUCUAAAUCUAUUUUUAAAAACUAUAUCUUGUUACAUAAUUCGGGUGCUCAAGAUACAUAUCCGCAACAUAUAUUUUACAUUUUUCUCCUCUUUUCCCCCUUUGGCUUUUGUUGGAUCAUGGAUGAUAUAUGGGCCCAAUGUUUUAUUGUACCUAAUUAAUUAAUAAUAAUGGCAGGCCGACAUGGUUGUUUGUAAUUUCUUUUUAUACAAUGGCAUGUUGAUGGAUAUUGACAUAGUUUUUUAGUACUUAACUGUGGACUAGUCGUGGACAAGGUCUCGAAUCAAGUAAACCAUAGUGAUCAGUCUACCAAUUAAUUAAUUAAUUAAUUAAUACAGCCCUCUAAUUAAAUUGGCCUAGAGAUGAGGAACAAUCAAUAAGACAACUACUUUGACAGAAUCAAGGACCAAUCUAGCGAUACAUCCCAAGUCCGGGGGCCGGUUUCGCAUUUUUGCCAAGGAGAAAGAAAUUAUCGAAUGUCGACAGUGGAAGGCAAGUGGGAGGUCAGAGGAGUUUACUUUGUGAAGAAAAAAUGGAUUUUUUUUUGUAGGGUAGUGGCCUUUUGUCGUGUAGGGUAGGGCUUAAUUGGUAAGGGCCAAGUGUCCGAACCAAACUAGAUUUGGCAAAUUGGCAAACUAUCCCUUCACCCUUUAAGGCUUUGCUUUGUUGAAUUCUCUGGUCCACGCUUCACGUGACUAUCCCUUCACCCUUCAACUACCUCUUUACCCUAAUGGAUAUGUGUCCUUUUGUGUCCUCCAGCAUUCACCGAAAGGAUAAGUAUCCCCACAAAAUAAAAUAAAAAAAGUUUUUUAGAGUUCAGAAAUCAUUAAAUUCGAGUAGGGUAAUACAAAUUUUGAUGAAUGCAUUUGUGCAUAAUCAUAUUUGAUCACUUGAUUUUGAGUAGGGUAAGGUUUAAGUAAGAAUGACAAUGGGUGGACUCAUUGGGUAAUUUAAUCUGAUUGUCAUGAUCGUAUGGAUAUUGGGUCGGAUUCGAAUAGGUACAUAUGCACUUUUAAUGUGCUUGAGUUUGUGUUUGGGUUGAAAUGAAUCCAAUUUGUAUCAACUCAGUUUGGAUCCGAUCCAAAUGGCUCUAUUUGGGCCCAGGUAAUUAUAUAAAAAAAAAUAUUAUCGACCAUCUCAUUAACUGUUUUCAGCCCAAUUAUACCUUCAAUGAUGAUGUUUCGUCUUUGUAUUUGUUUCAUAACAAAAAAAGACAUAAAUUGCAUUUGUAUUUGUUUCAUAACAAAAAAAAGACAUAAAUUGCAUUUGAAUAAGAUAUCUAUUUUUUUAGUACCCAAUACUAUAGGUUCAAUUUGGACCAAACUAAAAAAAAAAGUAUAAGUCUGGUCCAAAAAAAAUGUACUCAAACCUGAUUUACCCAAGUGGGUUUGAGCAAUAUCAAAUAUUGGGCUAGUAAGUAAGAUGUAAAGAGAGCGAUUACAAUUCUUUGAUUUUCUCCAUUGACUUGUUUAUUGUCUAUAUGUUUUAACCCAAUUUUCAAAAUUGUUGCACAAUGGAGAACCAAGUUUGUAGUGAUCUACAAAUAAUAUAAUUUUUAUACAUUUCAAGGAAAAAUUCAUAAUAAAUAGAAAAUGCAAAUAAAGAUAAUUGGUUUUCGAUAUCCAUGUUCUAUGUUCUAUAUUCAUGUAGAUUAAAUCAUGAAACUAUAUCAAACUAGCUAGCAAAUCAGUUAAAGCUUUUUUCGUAGAUAAAAAAUGCAAAUAUAUAUAUAGAUAAUUGGUUUGAAUAAAUAAAACCCCUAUAUUAGCACUUACAAUAACAUAAAUUACAACAAAGAUAUAGUUUUAAAUUUGGUAUAUUCUUUUUAUAAAUAAAAAUAGUAUUAUCUUGUUUUGCUGGUGGUUGUCAUUGUCAAUUGUCAUCCAUGUGUGAGAAUUUAUUAAAUAACUUUUUGUAUAGUAUAAUGGAGUUCAUUCACGUUAAUAUCAGAGAAGCGCAACAAAAGCGAUUGCCAAAGUUGGAUCAAAUGCAAGGAGACGAACGCUUGUUAUUAGGGGAAUAACUUCGAUGACCAUACACAAUUGACAAAUAUGGGUGUUUUCUUCAAAUCAUCAGACGGAUUUGUCAGAGAGAGAUAUUAUUCUAGGAGGAUAGAUUAAUUAAUGUGUCGAUGAGUACGAUUUGACUUUAUUUCGAACAACCCAAAAAUAAGUGAAAACCAAUAUUAGAUCUUAUGAUUGAAAAAUUGUAUCAUACUGGAGGUUGACUAGAAAAAUUGCAUAUCAUAGCAUAAAUUGGUAAGCGAUAUUUAGCGGUUUAAAAUGGUUGAACCACGAUUUCAGUAUAAAAUAUACUAUCACUGACUUUUCCAGUACAACCUCUCAUGAGAUUUGACGAAGACAAUCUUGAUGUUGGCGACAAAACCUCGGCAUAGUCCACUAGAUUUUUUUUUUUUUUGACAUUUUUAUCAUUUGUGGGGGACGUGAACAUAUUUUUAUUUUAGUUAGAAGAGGGAACAAACAAUUUUCUUGGUGAAAUCUACCGGCCAAGUGAUGUCGACGCACGCAUUCCAUUUUUGUAUCAUUAUUAUCAUUUGAUUAUCAAGCUAAAAACACAAAGUAAUAAUUAAUAAGGACGAUAGCGAGAUGUGUUUUUGACGGGAAGGAAGAUAAGCGGUACAAGUGGACCGCCGGCGUUAUUUGUAUAGUCAGAAUCCAUGGAUAAACUUGAUUUAUUAGUUGUGUACAUAUAUAUCGCUCUGGAAGCGGCGUUUUUCCGAUCAAAGCCAAAAUUGGACUGUUUAAACCAGUCUGAUCGCAACUGAAAAUUAAAUUUUCGCUUACCCAAUCUAAUUAUCAGUCAUAAGGAUGCUGCAAAACAUUGAACAGAUCUGACCGAAAAAUUGGGUGAAACCGAAUUCACAACCCCCCCAACUCAUUACCUUAGUCUGAUGACACCAACACUACAUUUGAGGUGGAAAAAUAUAUCAGGAUGCGAUACUUUUAAUUUUGAAAUAAAUGUUAGGACUUUGCUACGGUGACAUGCACUUUUCGGUCGACCUCAUAUAGAAUCAGGUCGACCUAAUUUGUUGUUUUAGUGUAAACAUAGUUUCAUGGUGCGUAUUUUGGAGAUUAAUAUCUUACAAUUGGCUAGAUGGAAAUUGGAGAUUAAAGGCUUGUUUUGAAGGUGAAGUGUCCCUCUACACAUUAAAGUACUUGGGAGCUCAAUAGAAAGUCCAGAAGACCCUUUUUGAACCUGACCAAAAGGCUAUGCCAAAACUGGGAAACUACCUGAAAAUGGCUAAGUCUGGCAACGUGUUUGUCAAGCCUACUUUGGAGCUCAAUUUGAAAAACAUGAAUGCGAGUCAAGUCUAGGGACCUCUACCACAUUCUAAGGUGAAUCUAUUUGCUAUGUUCCAUUGUGACGGAAUGACUAUAGUUGUUCAGCGAAACACCAAAUCGGAUUACACUAAUUGUGGGUAUUGCUAUGUUCCAUUGUGAAACCUCGAGCCCCACAUGCAUCCACUUAUUAAAUAAAGAAAAGGUCCCAUUGGAAAAAAAGAAUAAGAGACCUUACGUGGCUGUAGUAAAAUGGCCGGAGCUCGGAGGAGGAGUCUCUGUGCUGGCAGAGCAGAUCAUUCCACAGCCAACCAAGUGGAUGGCAUAAGUUGGCAAACUAGCUAGCUAGGGUUGUGAUUCAUCGAUCCAUUUUACUCUCGUAUAUAUAAGUAUUAAUUUCCGGGGACAAAUUUUAAGGUGAAUCUAUUUGCUUUGCACCUGCCUCCUGCCCAUCUCUCUUUCUCUCUCCGAUUUGCAUGGCAAGCCAAUACACGACAACUGUUCGC